UGGAACUAUUAUUUAUAGCAGACAGUUGGACACUUUUGAAACAGUUCUACCAUAAGAGAUUUCACUCCUUUUAAUUCCACACUCCAUACACACAAUCAGACAGAUGCUGACAGACAAAAAAAUACUAGUAUAUGAAAAAAAAAACCUUUAGACAAUGCAUUCUGAUCUCGCUCCAAGACUUACAUUAACUCGUUUUAUUAGUGAUCAAAAUAAAUGACAAUUUAAAUAAACUCUACCUAUUUCACCUGCUUAAUAUUAUGCAAUUUAAAUUAAUAAUUAUUCAAUAAAAGUUUUAAAAAUCCCCUACGCUAUAUGCCAAAAACAUUCAUUAUAUGCCAAAAAUGCCUUAUAAUUUUGGAAAACAGCAGACUCUUUUCAAACUGCUGGAUCGAUUUCUAUCAAGCAUAGCUAAGAAAACACGCAAACCGCGUCGAAAUCAGUCCAUCCGUUGGAGAGCUACGAUGCCACAGACAGGCAAUGACGUCAAACAUAUAAUAUAACACACCUCUUUUUGCAUCGGGGGCAAUAAAAAGCUAAUACACCCAAGGUUUUUAAAGAAUAAAGAGAGCAUUUCUAAACUGGUGUGAUGAAAAUAAACUUACCGUAAAACCAGCCAAUUAUAGUCCAAUACCACAACUGUGGCCCACAAGUUCAACACGUAUGUAUCUAUAACAACCUUCUUUUUCUUAUUGCCUAAGUUUUUUCUUCCUUUUGAGAAAAGGUCUGCCUGAAAAUGCCAUAGAACUGCGACAUUCGAAUAAUUAGACCUAAACUUGUUUUCUAGUUACAUUCGGGCCAUAAUUGAGGACGUUUGCCGUAUCUAUUAUGAUCACAUGGGAGACCUCAAAAGAUAUUUUUUCCAUUCUUCAGUACCUCUGUCGUGUACUUCAACAUUAACGAGAUCUCACCGAGAAAUAAACUGCUCCCUCUGAAGCCGUAGAGAUGAAGUUUGUAACUGAUAAAGUUUAUAUUUGUUCAAUAACUAUGCAUGUUUACAUUGCAAUUAAUACAAACAAGAUGCCGUAUCAUCGUAAUAGAAUGCAUGUUUGCCAAAUUUAUAUAAACAAUGUAGUAAUGUAGACACAAAAAGAAAACAAACAAACUCUUUAUAAGUGGCAAAUGGAAGCCAUACGUGGUCAUUGAGUGAGUUACGGGCGAAGAUGCAGAUCCUCCAAAUCGGUGUCGUGAUUUACCUUUACAUCAAUUAUGUUGCUUCAUACGGAGUCCACAGAAUCGGCAGCGGCCUCAAGUUCAGCGGUGCAGUUGACAUACCGAACAGUGACUACGCGCAUUUAACGAAACUGCACAGAAAACGCUUCUCCGGCUUCGGCCCCAGGCAUAUAAUGAGAGAAGCCAACGAUCUUCUGAACUCUUACUUCAAAAUUGGAUUAUUACCUACUGCAGAGAGUGAUAAUUUGAUCGAAUCGUCAGGGUCUUGGAUAGAGCCUGUAGAAAAUGAGGUCCCAAAACAUACGGUCCAACCGGUCACCGCGAAUACUAAAAAAAUAAGGAAACUGCAAGUGGAACAUGUGGAGCGCUUGCCGCCAGCACCUGUAAGCGAACCAGAUGUCAGCCAGCAAGCUGUGGUGGUUGAAAAAAUAUCGCCCAGCAUAAACAUAGACCCGUUGCCGGUGAAGCGGCCCAUAAUCGUGGUGGGGAGGGUGCGGGGCACCGGGCCGUUUCAAGAGUGGCGGAAAAGAAGGAAAAUGAGCAUCCUACCGGGGCAUGGCGUGUUUUCGAUAUGCAAUCAUAAUAAUAUUAAUGAUAUUUAAAGCUUACGCGUGUAUCCCACUAAUGAGGAUGCAUGCCGCUGGGGUGUGUGAACGAGACAGUGCUAUGCAUGUAUAUAGUGAUCUCCCGCCUGCACAUCGGAGUGGAUUGGAUCCGAAUCGAAUGUGGAGCCAUAAUGCAAUUGAAGGGAUGUUUGCAAAAACAACAUAAAUAUCAUUUUUGGCUGAUUCAGGUAAUCGGUAUCAAAGUAUUUGUCUAAGGAGCUAAGGUGGUGCAAAAAAUAUUGUCCAAAAGUGAACCCUAUUUGUCCAAAAUUCGUCCCUCCCUGAGCGGGUGAAGAUUAAAAACAAUAAAAUACGUGGUACUCAGAUCCACAUUAUAACAAAAUUCUUUUGUAAAAUAAACCUGUGAUUCUUUUAACAAUAAGACUAUUUCCGGACCAUAAAAAAAAAAAGAUUUUUGAGAUAUGUAUUCUGGUUAAAGGAUGGUUCACACUAGGCCGAGCCGGGGUCGGGCCGGAGCUUCCGGCGCUACGUUUUCUAUGGACAGCACCACGUGAUCACCGAUCAGCCGUCAUAGAAAAUGACGUGUCGGACGUCUCGGCCCAGUCUAGCGUGAGUUAUCCUUUAUGGCAUAUUCCUAAACCUUUAUCCACAUAUUUAAGUAAUCUAUAAAAUAUUUGGCUCAGGACGACUCCGUCCACAAUACUAUUUCGUCAACUUUUUAAAUCCUCUACAAUGCCAUGUCGCCAGCAUUACAAAAUCCUAAAUCGUCACCUUCCUAACUAGUAUUGUUGUUAUUGUUGGUCCUAGAGCACCCCGGGGGUGCAUAGGGCCUCCACAAGAUCCUUCCACGCUUUUCAAUUUUGAGCAACCGUCUUGGCUUCGUUCCAGUUCAGUCCUACGGCUGGCAGCUUGCAGCUUCCUAACUACUACACAGUCCUAUAUCGUCAAUUUCUUAUCUUGUCUAUAUUUCUACAUGGUCCACAGUGCUAUCUCAUCACCAUUCGUAUGUUUUCUAUAGUAGAAUGCUAAGGCGAUAUAGAAAUGGUGCCAAAAUAGCACUGUGGUUGAUAUAGAAAUGGUGCCAAAUUAGCACUGUGGUUGAUAUAGAAAUGGUGCCAAAUUAGCACUAUGAUUGAUAUAGAAAUGGUGCCAAAUUAGCACUGGGAUUGAUAUAGAAAUGUUGCCAAAUUAGCACCGGGAUUGGUAUAGAAAUGGUGCCAAAUUAGCACUGUGGUUCGUUUAGAAAUGGUGCAAAAUUAGCGCUGUAGUUUAUAUAGAAAUGGUGCCUAAUUAGCACUGUGGUUCAUAUAGAAAUGGUGCCAAAUUAGCACUGUGAUUGAUAUAGAAAUGGUACCAAAUUAGCACUGGGAUUGAUAUAGAAAUGGUGCCAAAUUAGCACUGUGAUUUAUAUAGAAAUGGUGCCAAAUUAGCACUGUGGUUCGUAUAGAAAUGGUGCCAAAUUAGCACUGUAGUUUAUAUGUAUAGAAAUGGUGCCUAAUUAGCACUGUGGUUGAUAUAGAAAUUGUGCCAAAUUAGCAUUGUGGUUGAUAUAUAAAUGGUGCCAAAUUAGCAUUGUGGUUGAUAUAGAAAUUGUGCCAAAUUAGCACUGUGGUUGAUAUAGGAAUGGUGACGAGUUAGCACUGUGGGCUAUAAAUGUGGACGAUUUAAGAAGGUGGUCAAAGAUACGUUAUAAGGAAUAUCUACCCUCAUCUGUUAUUUAUUUGUGAUAAGAAAUAAAUGAUAGAUAAUAUUCACAUUGACAUAUUGCAAAUAGGUUGCCUAGUAAAAUUGCGUACUUUACUAGGCAACCUAUUUGCAAUGUGUCUAUGUGAAUAUUAUCUUUCAUUUAUAUCUUAUUCCUGAAAUCUGAAUCUGAAUUUAUAUCUUAUUUUUAGAUGAAAGUAUUCCUUAUAACGUACCUCCUACUAAGGUGACAAACCUACCAAAGGACAGUGGACCUUAACCCCUGGAACGAACGCCGAACCAACAAACAUACCCGUCAGAUGCCUAGUGCCGGAUUCAUCCCAACACCCUCAAACGCCGGAUAGACGCGCGUACGUGCACCCGUUGACUGCCACGACUUAAACUGCAUUAAAAUGCAAGUAAUAUAAAACUCUAUUUGUAAGUGUUUAGAUCUCAAAAUUGUAAAAAAAUGAUGGAAUAAAUUUGGUGACUGAUAAGGCGCAAGGCAGUUGAGACAGUUUGUACAGAUCCAGGACAAGGCAGUUGACGGGUACAAAAAUUGAAGACCCUCCGGCAAUUGACAGGACUGGUACGGAUCAGGCACUAGGCGUCCCAAGGGUUAAGGCAGUGAGGAAAAUGUAAGGUGACGUAACAGAACUGUGGACAAAGUCAGCAUGAGUCUAAUAUUUAUCUAUACGUUGUAGUAUUUAAAAGUAGUUUUAUUGAUUUUUAAAAUCAUUUGUUUAGUGUAGUUAUGGUUUACUUGUACCACGAUUUGACAAAAUAUAAUGAAAUUAACUGUAUUUAAAUCGACCACCAUUGUAAUUAAUAGGUACCUACAAAUAUUUACAAAUAAAACACUAACAACAUAGGUUGUCCGGAUGAGAUCACUUUAUAGCGAUAAGACCACCUGUUAUUACCUACAUUACUUAAAAGUUUCUAAUAUGUAAAUCAUUUUUGGUGCAAUAAAUAAUAUUAUUAUUAUACCAUAAGUAGGUAUAAUUAUGUUGUUUUUGUAAACAUCCCUUCAAAUUAUAUUAUGUGAACUAAAUGUGCAAAUGUAAUAUUCAGUGGUGUAAAUUUUACUUUUAGUGUAUCAGUAGUAUUGGCACUUGAAUUGUAAGACUCCUCACAAAUAGUUUUUUGGCCUUCUAGGCUCUUGUAGCAUUAUAACCCCUUAAUCGAACCUGCUCAUAAUUAUUAUGAAUAAAAUAUAAUGCCCUCACCAAUGCGUUUACACAAUUUACUUUUUAACCUUUAAAACAAUCAUGCAAAUAAAAUCAACCUACACGCGUUUUAAACAAACACGUAGCGAGAAGCGUCCUUCAGCGCGGCGGGAGCAUAUCUUUUCACGCCCCACGCGCAGCUAUGCACCGAAUAAAUUAAACAGUUUUUAUUAUCAUUGACACAGAAGUGCAUUGGCCAAUCUAGCGCAAAUCGGGGCGUUAUGAAUGUCAAUGUUCUAGCAAAACGACCCUAUAUAACUGUAUCAUUUGACCUUUCUCGGCAUUGCCGCGCACAACGUCGGGAUGAUGGCACGGAGACUUGCUUUACUGUUCCUAGCCGCGUGUGGCACUUGCAUGGAGAUGCGGGAGUCCGUCGAAAGGAUGGUGAUGGUCAGGACGACGGGGUCCGACCUUCAACCCGCCGCCACUGGAUUCAUUUACAAAAAGGACAACGACGGGCCCGCGAGCGUUAUCAAAAUGGAGGAGAGUGAUGUAAUGGAGCAUUUGUCGAAACUUCCGGGGUACAAGCAGCCUCAGGCGUUUGCUACUCCUAUCCCCGUCGCUGCCGGACCUUUCUACGCCAAAGAAGACGAAACCAAAGCUGCUUCACACGCCAGCGAGGCUUACGUUAUUCCAGUAGUCGAGAAGGCUGAAGGACAUGAUGACGAUGGCAUCGAUGGCAUCGCCGAUGAAGAAGAUUAUGGAAAAAUCUUCAAAGACUACGCAACAGACUUCGGCAAAUAUAACAGUGAUUUCUCUGACUACUUGCACAGUUUAGGCCACUACGAUCUAGGGAUCUAUCACGGCGACGGUGGAGGGAGUGAUUAUGGCUCCGAAGGGCAUCAUGAACACGGUGAUAAAGGACACAAAGGUUACGCAUCCAGCCACGGGUAUGGGAAAGGGGGAGAAGGAGACUAUCAUACGGAGAAAUAUGAGAGCUACUCAAUCUCUAAAGAGGGAGGUCAUAAGAAACACUAUGGGGACGCAGAUGCCUUCGGCAAGCAUUACGAUGAAGGUGACAAGUACUCGGGAGAGGACCACGGGCACAAACUCGCCCAUAGCAAGGAAGGGGCGAUCGACGGUUACCACAAACUUCUCGACAAAAACGAGUUCAAAAAAGACCAUGACUUCUAUGACACAGAAGGUGUUAAAGGUGGAUUCGAUGAGCACGGCGCUGGACAGGAACAUCACGGGGCAGAAGCCGGAGCACAUGAAGAAGGAGGUUCUCAUGAGUCAGGGCAUGACGAGGCACAUGCAGGAGAGGAAGGUUUCGGAGAAAAGCAGUCUGAUGACGAACACGGCGCCGCCCACUCUGCAGACGGAGGAGAAUCCUCCUCACACUACUAUUCAGGGGAGGGAGAGGCUGCGGGCGAAGGGCACGGCGGAAAGGUCUACGGCUACCAAGUCAAACACUGAGGGACUGUUAAAGAUUGUUAUUGUUUUGUUAGUUUUUGUAAAUAUGUAUAUUUUGUAAGAUAAAGAUAAGCCAUAUUUCUAACCAA